AUGAUAUUAAAAGAUCUUGUUAAUGAUCUUUUGAAAAUCCUACACUCUACUCAGUCUAAGGUGCACGGUCUAACAAUACUAACGUCUUGCUCAAAAGCUCAAACACACGAACCUAAAGUAGAACCUGAAGUAGAACCUCAAGGAAAAACUGAUGUAGAACCUGAAGUAGAACCAGAAGUAGAACCUCAAGGAGAAAUUGAUGUAGAACCUGAAGUAGAACCAGAAGUAGAACCUGAAGUAGACCCUGAUGUAGAAACUCAAGUAGUACCUGAAGUAGAACCUGAAGUAGGAACUCAAGUAGAACCUGAAGUAGAACCUGAAGUAGAAACUCAAGUAGAACCUGAAGUAGAAACUCAAGUAGAACCCGAUGUAGAAACUCAAGUAGAACCUGAAGUAGAACCUCAAGGAGAAACUGAUGUAGAACCUGAAGUAGAACCAGAAGUAGAACCUGAAGUAGAAACUCAAGUAGAACCUGAAGUAGAACCUAAACUAGAAGUAGAACAGAAUAGAACUAGAGUUUGA